UUCUCUCUCUCUCUCUCUCUCUCUCUCUCUCUCUCUCUCUCUCUUCUGUCACUCACUCUCUCUCUCUCUCUCUCUCUUUCCCUCCCAUCCUCGUUGAUCCCCCUCCCGUUCCCGGUCCUCAUAUAUAUCCAGCUUUUUUUUUUAGUCUCUCUCGCGAGCCGUGCGGCAUUCGCGCGAGGGUGACCGACCUCGUCGCGUCGGGUUUAGUGGAAGUUAUGUUGCCGCGCGACGACCCGCCGCCUCGUGACGUUCUGUGUGCAUCUUAAAUUCGACCGGGUUAACUGCCGGGCGAAGGGUCGCGCACCGCGACGACGACCGCCGCCGAGGGGUGGAAGGAAGGCAAGAGGGAGGGAGGGCGGUGCGGCGAUGCAACGCCGUGCGGGGAUGAACGUGCUAGCUGCGUGCUGCCGUCGCCCUGGCGCGAGGAGACGUUAAGGGGAUGGCGACGUAACGUAGCGGCGGAUUACUAGCCGGCUCGAGAUGAACACGAACGGAAACGCGGUCGCGCAGGAAGAUGGUGCCGGUACCGAUUACGGCGGUAACGAGGAGACGGCGGCGCUGCUCGGCAGGCCGCCGCCGCCGCCGGUCGUGGUGGCCGCGGCGUCUCAGGGCAAGCCGGUGCUGACGCGGCAGGAUCGAGCAACCUUUCUGGUCGCCUCGCCGCAACUGUCCGUGUCCGGACUCGGCGGCUCCGAGGAGAGCGGCACCAACGAGGAUCCGGCGACCAGAUCGGUACCGGACAUCGAACUUCACUGCCGGCUCGACGGCGAGCCGCAGCCGUCGCCGCCGCCUCCGCCGCAGAUUCAGCAACCGCCGCAGCAACAGUCGCAGCUGCAAGCGCAGCCGACGUCCUACAGUACUCGCUCCUCCAGGCAAUCGCAUCAGUAUAGAUGUAGAUGCGACCGAAGGGACUCCCUCGCGCCCACCUCUGCCCUUCACUUGGCCCGCAGUGUCUCCAGGGAAAGCGUGAAGAGCGGCCACCAUUGCUGCCCAUGUCAGGCGCCGCCGCCGCCGGUGCUGGUCACCACGUCGCCCAACGCGCGCAUAAUACGGCAGAGCUCGCAGCCGGAGGCGUCCGCGUGCUGUUGCUCCGGCUGUUGCUGCCCGCUGCACUCCGGAGCGGCACCGAGCGCCGCCUCGUUGCGGCAGCUACGCGAGCCGGGUGACGGGAUAGCCGGCAUCGCCGCGGACUCGCUGCGGAUCAAUGGCGGGAUACGACAAUUCCGACAGCUGCGGAAGCCAGUGUCGACUCUCUCGAUCCCGGGGGCGAUGAAGAACAGCGGCGGGGUGGCCGGCGGAGGCGGCGCGGGGGGUGCGGCUGGGGUAGCCGCCGGAUGCGGUAGCGCCGGGGGUGCCGGUGCCGGCGAGGACGCCGGCAUUGCCCUCGUGGGUGUCCACACCGAGUAUCCCCGUUACAUGGACGAGCGCAUGCUGGCCGGCGGCGGCGGCUCCCUCAAGGGCCAGUCCGGCGGCGGCAGCAUCGGGCCCGGUUCCAAGCACAAGCCCAACGUCGGCUACCGGCUGGGCAGACGAAAGGCCCUGUUCGAGAAGCGCAAGCGCAUCAGCGACUACGCCCUCGUGAUGGGCAUGUUCGGCAUCAUCGUCAUGGUCAUCGAGAACGAGCUGUCCAGCGCCGGCGUUUACAGCAAGGCCUCGUUUUACUCGACAGCACUGAAAACCCUGAUCUCUGUGUCUACUGUGAUACUGCUUGGCCUCAUAUUUGCUUACCAUGCCUUAGAAGUUCAGUUGUUCAUGAUCGAUAACUGCGCGGAUGACUGGCGGAUCGCGAUGACCUGGCAGCGGAUCGCACAGAUCUCGGUGGAGCUGGCGAUCUGUGCGAUUCACCCGAUUCCGGGCGAGUACUACUUCCUGUGGACGACCAAGCUGGCAAAUAAGAACGGCGACAUCGGCUCCAAGUGGGUGCCGUACGACGUCACCCUCUCGUUGCCCAUGUUCCUCAGGCUCUACCUCAUCUGUCGCGUGAUGCUGCUACACUCGAAGCUUUUCACGGACGCGUCGUCGCGUAGCAUAGGGGCCUUGAAUCGCAUCAACUUUAACACCAGGUUCGUCCUCAAGACCCUGAUGACCAUCUGUCCCGGUACGGUGCUGCUGGUCUUCAUGGUCUCCCUGUGGAUCAUCGCUUCAUGGACGUUGCGACAGUGCGAAAGGUUCCACGACGAGGAACACGCAAACCUCCUCAACGCCAUGUGGCUCAUCGCCAUCACUUUCCUGAGCGUCGGCUUCGGCGACAUUGUGCCCAACACAUACUGCGGUCGAGGUAUAGCCGUCUCCACCGGGAUGAUGGGCGCCGGAUGCACCGCUUUACUGGUGGCAGUCGUUUCCAGGAAGCUCGAACUUACGCGGGCGGAGAAGCACGUCCAUAACUUCAUGAUGGAUACGCAAUUGACAAAAAGGUUGAAGAACGCCGCGGCGAAUGUGUUGCGGGAAACGUGGCUGAUCUACAAACACACCCGUUUGGUAAAGCGCGUCAAUCCUGGACGCGUGCGGACCCAUCAGCGGAAAUUCCUCUUAGCUAUAUAUGCACUCAGAAAGGUGAAAAUGGAUCAGCGCAAAUUGAUGGACAACGCCAACACUAUAACGGACAUGGCCAAGACGCAAAACACCGUUUACGAGAUCGUCUCGGACAUGAGUACGCGGCAGGACGCGGUGGAAGAGCGUUUAGUGGGUCUGGAGGACCGUCUGGUCGGCCUAGAGGAGAAGCUGACCACGUUGCAGGGUCAGCUGGAGCUGUUGCCGGAAGAGCUGACCCGCUGUCUGGCCCAGCACGCGGAGCGGAUGGAACAGCGCCGUAAUUUCCUCCAUCCGGAUACCGCGGUAGCCAUGGCCGCAGCUUCCGGUGGCGGAGGUGGGGGAGGCAUCUCGUCGGGCACGAGCUUGGGCGUUUCCGGCGGCGGCAGUGCAUCCGUUGCCGCGCACCACCCUCUCGCGAGCCUCUCCAACUCCCCCCUCCUGCCGCACUCGCGUAGCGUGCCCAGCGCGCCCAGCACUAUGUCCCUGCACCCGUGGCCGGUCAGUCCGGUCCUACCGCCCGUCUCCAGCCGGACGCCGCAUCUGGUGCCAGAGACCGGCAGGCAUCAUGGCCUCAGUCACUCCGCCACGGUGACCACCACGACCUCGCAGUCGGCUACCAGACUCACCUCUCAGGCCGGCAUGGGCGGGUUAGGUAACAGCCAAGGCUCGGACACGUCGGCGCACAGCUGAGUCUCGUCUCUGCAGCCGCAGCACUCGUACUAAAAGGCCCGAGACGCCGGUUUCCGCGUAAUCGCAAAACGCGGCCGUGCCGAUACUAACGGUGAUCAUCGAUAUAUUAUAUCGUCGACAUAUAGUACUGCCGGAGUAUAUGAAAUUGUACGCUACGGUCGUACGUAGGUCGGCCGGAGGUUCGCACAAACAAAUAUGAAAGGAUUCCCGUCUAGAGCGAUGUCUCCUCAUCUCUACGUUGGCUUGCGUCUGAUGUAAUAAGACAGUAUCCAAUUGUCGUAUCGCGAUGAUUCGUUGGUGUUUCCAUUGAAAAAAACAAACUCUUUGAAUUUAUAAUUUGUUUUUGCGCAGACAUAUAAUUGUUGGACGCCGCGUGGAUUACAAAGAGACGCAGUUCUAAGCGAGAAUGGUGAAGUAGAUUGAUUAAAACACGGCCGUCUGUUUUUCGUGCGAAACUCGUCUAAAGAUGGGCCUUCUUGCGUCCCGCGCGCACCUUUGAGUCUCUCCUCAAGGAUUUAAACUUUUGAUAAAACGCAAUCGAGACGGGAUUCGCAACGGGAUUCGAAUUAGGAAAAUGUGACAUAACGACUGUCUAAACGUUUAUAUGGUGUUAUAUAUGUUUCAUCUUUUUGCCUUCAACAAAUUCCCAAAAUAUUUAAGCGCGAAAGGAAUCUACUUUCUACGUCCAUUCUUCGCCCACUUUCGUUUCAAUUAGCUCGAUUCCUUCUAAUCCUCACGCAAUUCUUAGCUACUCAAUUUUGAUACGAGGACGCAAUUAAAAGGGAUCGGAUUUUUUUUACAACACAAUACAAUCGAGCGUAACCAAGAGAAUUGAAAAAUUGGCAAAUUACAGCAUUUUAUGAACUGAUUGAUCGAUUUUAAAUAGAUGGAUGGAGGAGAGAAACUCUCAAAGUACGCGCGGCUUCUUCCACUAGCUGCGCGCUGCUCCCCUGCCCAACUUGCGUGCCUGAAUAACUGUUUUCUUAAUAAUUAAAUGUACAUUCUCGACAUACACACACAUACUCACAUACAGAAAACUCUCCACCUUGUAUCUCUGUAUACCUUGUGAAGAGAGAGCGAACAGGCAUGACGUGUGUGUAAAGGAAGCGUGUGCGGACAAGGACUAGCCCCGGAGGGUAAACCAAGCUGGCUCUUAAAGCCUUUCGCACGUGGUUAAGGUAAAUCGUCCCUUUUGGGACGGUUCCUUUCCUGGCGGAAGCGCGCUACAAAAGGACUAUUAUAUUCGUACCUCAUACAUAGCACUCAAAGUCUAGGAUCUGACCAAUCUCGAUGCCCGAGGUAAAAUAUAAAAUGAUCCAUAUACAUAUAAUCAUUUGUAUAUGCAUUCUCUGAACAAGAGCGGCUAUAAAGAUGCAUACAACUUGCAAUUUCUAAUAUGUCCGGGCAUAACUGGCAACCCCGAUAUUCUUUCUCGUUUAAGUAAAAUAUAUUACAAGUUAAGGUGCGAAUUCAUGAGACGCUCGUUUCAGCGUUGCAUGUGGUCACGUGACUUCGACUCGACGCUAACCGCGCUAGCGUCAAGAAAAAAGAAGUUGGAUUUUCUCAACUUCAGCGUCAAGCCACAAGUACUAUUGGCCAGUAUUGACGCUAUAAAUUGACUCUUUUCAUGCGUUUUUCACAAUAUAGCGUCAAUUUUAAUGAUAUGACUAUUUUGACGAUAAAAAUAAGCGUCGAGCGUCAGCGUGAAAAGGCACCUUUACGGAUUUUCUUCGUCACUUUUUUCAGAUAUAAAAGAUUCGGGAUCACAAUCAUUAAUGCUAGAUACAUGCGAUUACUCUGAUACUUGUUCUUAGCUAUAUUAUAUUUCAUACAUUCCUCCUCUCUAUUAUUUUUUCGCCAAUUGUAUGUCCGAUUUACACAUUAGUGAAAUGUUAAAUUGACGCAACAACAUUGCAAAAAAUAUUUUUUUUUUCCAUCGGACGGCGCGUAAAAGUACGCUUUAAGGGCCGGCGCAAACACCCGACGGGUGUCCAGGAAAUAACAAAUAGAGAAAGAAUGCAAAGUGAUCUUAUCCGCUUUAACGUCCGUAGGUUACGUAGGAUAUUAUAUUGUUAGGUGUAAUACUCUUGUACUCUCUAUGGCGCACGGGUACAAAAAAGCGGCUACGUUUCUACUAUUAGGGAAAAGGAGGGAAGAGGGGGAGGGCUGGGAAGGGAGUGAAUUUUUUAUAAUGGAACCGCGACCGCGCGAGGAUGGCGCGGCGCGACGCGAGGGUGUGUAGACUUAAUUGAAUGAAUUAAAUGAAUCGACCAGACAAUGGGAAAGUAAUUAUAUAAUUGUCAACGACUUUCCGUUUGGAGGCGUUCAUCAGGCUUUUGUUUAUGCUUAUGAUUAUCGUUUUAAUUAUCGCUUAUAAUUAUUCAAAUACUUCUACAUUAUUAAUUUACGAUCGCUUAUAUACAGGGUGAGUCAUUGGAAAUUGUCUUCUGAGAUAUCUUCAUAAAUAUUGAUUUUAAAUAAAAAGGUUUCAGACAAAAGUUAAAUUAUUUUGAAAGAACUAUAUUUUUUUUGUCGUCUUUUUUUUUAGGUGCAAGCGUCAAGAAGUUUUGAAGGUCAUCUCAAGUUUUUCAAGGUCAUCUCAAAUUUUUCAAGGUCAUUUUAAAGUCUAGUUCUACAGUCAAGGUGUCACAGAUCAUUCAAUUCGUUUUUUAUCUUUUAUAAUUAUAAUUGAUAAAAAAUAGGACUUUCCAUUUGAAAAACUUGAGAGAAUCUUCAAAAUAUUUUUUAACACCUAAAAAAAACUAAGACGAUCAAAAUAUCCUUUCAAAAUAAUUUAAUUUAAUUUUCCUGAUACCGCGCGUGACUCUUUGUGCCAUUUUUUGAUAAAUUUGAUUUUAAUUUUUGUCGUAAGGCUUUUUGUCUAAAAUAUAAAGAUAUUUAUGAAGAUUUAUGAAGAUAUCUUAAAAUACUUAAAUUUCUAGUGACUCAUCCUGUACAUGAAAAAUUAACUUAUUAUUCAAAGAAAAACGCGAGCUAUGUAACUGCAAUUAUCGCUUUUAUCUGUUCAUUUUUGUGCAAUGCUCUUAUCAAAGAAAAAAAAAAAGAAGAAAGGAUUAAAUCAACAGCUAAAAAUCUUAGAUUAUUCAGAUGCUGAACAAAGAAAAGCCUGAUACGCCUGAUACGAAAGCUACAGAGUGUCCCGGGAAGAACCGAAUGCAAAUUUACAAUUAUCCAAUCAAUUAUGAAUGAUCGGUAAAUCCAAAUUCUUCAGAUUUGAAGAAUCUGGAUUUACCGAGACACGCAAUUCGGCUUUUUUCCGAAACACGGUAUAAGAUUUUUGCUGUAUUUCGCAGCCGCACGCGUUUAUUCUUUGCGACGCGAUUUAUUAGUCCCGAAGAUGUUCAAAUCUCGACAUCGGCGUGACUAGGUUUGCUAAAGAGCAAACCAUAAUUGCACACGACGACAACCGAGAUUCUAUCGAGGCUCUACGAGGCGAGCUCGAACGAACCUCGUUCCUUCAGCAGUAAAUUAGAGCUAAAACGUGUUUGCUGUUUCUUCAAUUAGAUUAUAAGAAGGAUUGAAACAAACUUACUACUUGUGAAAUUGAAUUUGUUUUUUCCAAGUUGAGUCCUACAAGGACGGAGGUAUUUGAAAAUUUUUGAAAAACAUUUACGAGAGUGAUUUGAAUCCAAUCGAAUCCAAUUUUCCUUCCAUAUACUUCAUUUAAGACUAUAUAUCUAUAGUUAAUAUUUUAUUUAUUAACAUCUUAUUGUCAGAUUUAAUUGACGUUUAUUAACUGCUGUGAAUUAAUUUCGUGAAAGGGAUGAGGUUCGGUCGUGCCACCUUUAUCCUCGACCGUUCACGAGGAAAAGCUCACGCGGAAAAAGCUCACUCUAACGCGGAUAAAAGCUGGGACCUGGUUUGUCUUGUCCGUCAUCGUUUCAUUUCGAAAGCGUAGUUUCGCGGCUAUUCGCAAUGCGAAACGGGACCAAAACAGACACAAAUUUUCACAAUUUUUCAUACUAUCCUUCUUUCACCUUGUCCUCUUUUUUUCCUUUCUAACUCUCCUUUUUCCCAGUUGGACAGAUUUUUCAUCUAGAUAAGAGAGUUGACUAAGAAAGAUACGACUAAAAGGGUUAAAUAAAACUGUUCGAUGACUUCGAUGGUACUUUGCUAUCUUUUAAUAAAUUGGAAAUUCACUCAGAGAUAAAAGUGAUUUCCUUGUCGAAAAAUUAAAGAAAAAUACUGCUGAUAUAUAAAACACUUACGCGUUUUAUUGCGAGUAAUCUUUUUACUCUUUUAAUAUUUUAUAUUCUCAUAGGUAGAUUUUUUGACAUAUUAAUAUAAUAAGAAAAUUUAUAUAAAGUUUCUUCUUUUUUCACGAAGAAAAUUUUAAUCAUCUAUCCGCUUAUUAGUUUUACGAUGUUCCUGUUUAUCUUUUAUCUAUUUGACAUUGAUUACGUAAAAAACAUCGAAUAAUUUUUUCAAAAGCUUUGUCGUGUCGAUCGAUAUUUUGAUUUCGGAAAACUUUCUAAACAUUUUCCAAAACUUAUCCACGCUGAAUGAAUUUCUAUUCGAAUAGGAAGAUUACCUCGUGUACGUAAAGAUAUAAACUUUUUCAUUUAGUCAGUCUCUUUAUCUGAAUGAAGCUUUCAGUCAAGCUUUCAUCCACCUCUGCUCUUUUUUAUUUCUAAGAAUUGAUUUCCUUUGGAUCCUUCCGACUUUCCUUCCCCCUUUUUUUCUUUUUCUUCCCUCCUGUUUCCCAUUCUCUUGUUCAAGCAUUCCUCUUUCGCUCGCGACUCAAUGCACUGGACACGACAACUCUACGAUAUUUUUAUAUAGAUUUCUUAAAAGUGCAUUAUGAUGCCAGGAAGACCACGCCAAGUAUAAAAACGUAAAAUUAAAACAGUCUCAAUAUCGGAUUCUUAGGUAAUAGACACCGAUUCGAUAAUAUUGUUAGUACAUAAUAGAAAAAAAAGGAAUGUGAGUAAAUAGAUGAUUACCGAACUCUUCGACAUAGUGAAGUUAUACAUGACAUCAUGAUGAAGGGGAGAAAAAACUAUAAUCGAGAAAAAACAUAUAUUUGCUCGCGAACUACACACACACACACAUUAUAUAUAUAUAUAUAUAUAUAUAUAUAUAUAUAUAUAUAUAUAUAUAUAUAUACAUAGUGCACACACAAAUACGACGAAAAUUGAUGAUAAAUUGAUUUCGUGUUAUUGGAUAUAUAUUGAAAUAUUGCAUAAAGUUUCUCUCUCUCUCUCUCUUUCCUCUCUCUCUCUCUCUCUCUCUCUCUCUCUCUCUCUCUCUCUCUCUCUCUCUUUCUGCGUUGAAUUUCAGAGUAAGUAUAUUAAUAAAUUUGCAAUUGACUUUAUUCUUUAUUUUAGUUACUAAAAAGUAAUUAAUUGGAUUUUUUUAAUUAUCUGGAGUUAUAUUUAGAGUUAAAUUUAUGAUGAUUACGUGCUGCAAAUUAAAAUUAAAAUUGGAAUAAUGUUUAUAUAUAAAAGUAAUUAUAUGUCGAUGUAUUUUGUUAAGAAUCUGCAUUUCUUAAAACUUUUUUUUUUUUUUAAUUUCCAACACUUAAAAUUAUUAGAACUGUUAGAAUUAUUUGAGAUAUUCUGUACAAACUUCAUAAUUGUAUCUUUAUCUCUCUAAAUGUAGAGAAGGAAAGGUCGAUUAAAAUUUAUCUUGUAUACUCGAAAUUUGACGCAGACUUGACGAAAUAUCUUAUAUGAGUCUUCGUUCAUCUUUAUAUUUAUCUAUUUAGAAAAAUUCUGAAAUAUUAAAACUUUAAAUAUAUACCAUAUUAGAUUUAAAUCAUAAAAAAUUUGAAUGACUCGAACUUUAGAUCAGUGUAACUUUAAACAAUUUUACGAAAUUGCCGUUCAGAAUGAGAGAGAAUGUUGAUCCAUUUUGGGAAUUUAUACUAAACUACUUUCUCAAAACAUAUGGAAUUCGCGAUUCUUAAAAUUUUGGACUCUUACGUCACUCGUUCCUACAUUCUCAUAACCUUAAAUCUUGACGCUCUGAAAUAUUUUCAACCUCUUAAUUUUAAACUACCAACUUUUCUUUGAUCCCAAGUUUAGUGUGCACUGCCAAGCAGUGAAAAAAUUAAAUAAAAAAUUCUUUCCUUUUCACGCAGUAAUCACGAUAGUUCGUUAACCGGAAUUAAAAAUGAUCAAUAAUUUCUGGCGCGAUGCAGAUCACGCAUUAUUAAUAAGGGCCAAUCGCGAGGCAAUACUUCACACGGAGGACACGGUGAAAAAAAUUCGAAGAUGUCGAAGACCGGAGAGCGGUGAUCGAAUUUAACUCUUUACACACAGUUAAUUAACAGUAAAAAAAAAGAGAAAAUAAAUAAGAUGAAAAGCAGUAAAAAAAAAAGAAGUUAAACGCACGCGAGCGCAGUCUCGGGCGAAUUUAUAUGAGCAUUACGGUUAUUACUAUCUAUUAUAUAUUGGUUUCUGAUUGUUAUUGUUAUGAUUAUUACGAAUUAUAUCGUCACACAAGCGAUGAAUAACAAUAGAGUUUUAACUCUCAGAGAGACACACUUUAAGGAAAUCUUAUACCAAUAUAUUAUAUCUAGCGGGCUCUGUCGCCAUUUAAUUGUUACGUAAAAUGACCAACAACUAAUUAAAAUUAAAAAAGUAUUAUCUAUUAAUCUACAUAGGGUGAGACCUAGCGACCAUGUAUUAAGAAAUCCUUGUUUUUAACGAGCUCUCUUUUCCUCUGUAACUCUCUCUAUCUCUCCCUCCCCUCUUUCUCUCUCUCCCUUUCUCUUUCUCUUUCUCUCCAUUUUGAGAGCAUUGGAAGAACCCACAUAAGACGCAGCGUAACGCGCACUGUUGUUAUACUUAUGCUGUUAAUACCGUCUCAUCAUUGUCGUCACUCUAUACAAUUGCUAGAAACUUGAUUCGUCUCAUUCUUGUUCUAUUCACUUCAUUUGCAUCAGUUUAUCGACUAAUCGGAGAACUAGUUUCUUACAAAUGUGUCUACUUGUUCAACGUUUUUGAACGUUAUCAGGCGCAAAUUCCAUAGGUAAUACAUUGUUGGAAAAUUUGGCUUAAAUUUGACAUAUAUUGUACGUGCCAAAUGGUCCGUACAAAUUUUUGUGUUAAUUUAAUAUGAUAUGGAUACGUUAAAUGGUGGCAUUAACACUAUGUUAAUUCAACACAAAAUAAAUGCAAACUUCAUAGUAAUUUGAAAUAAGUUUUGUGUAAAAUUAACAUUUUUUUAAUGAUAAAAUUAACAUGGAAAAAUUAUUAUUAACGUCAUUCUCACUUCUAUUGUAAAAUAAAAUCAACAUUUUUUUUUUUUAAUUUUAAUAAAUAAAUCCUUUCUAAUCAUACGAAACAUGUUUUGUAAUUUUGUUAUUUUUAUGCUUUUUUCAGUUUUAAUAAUUUAAUUAUGCAUCCAAUUAACAAUUAAUUAUUAAAAGGCAUUAAAUGUUUAACACAAAAAUUUUAAUUGAUUUUUAACAAGAAAACACAAAUUUUCCAACAAUGUACUUUUUAUAUCCAUGAACAUAGAACUAGAAAUUUCUCGAAUAUCUAAAUUUCAUUUUUCGCUCUCUAUAACUCUUUGAGUUAUGAAAUUUUACAGAUUUGAGUCUGUCAAAACCGUUGACUUGUCAAACUCCGAAAUCGGACAAAGCAGGAAAGUGAUCACGAGUGUCAUCAUCAUCAGUGCCGAACAUCGCGCACCGAAUGUAAACACAGACAUUUUUAAACGCAUGCAGGAUAUUAUACGAUCCGUCAUGAUUUUUCCCCAUUAAAAUUCGAUCUUAUAUACCGUAUGCGCGACAUUAUAUAAACGCACCUAUAUAUUUAUAAUCUUUACCAUUGAUAUCGAGCAUUAUAAUCUACUGCGAAAGUUCGCUGUUGCAGUCCCCUGUAUUGUUUGCGCGACAUAUCUAUGAUAUUUUCCCAUCUCCGCAUCAUGCACGAUGAUACUAUCAUCAUUGAUAGUAAUCACGAUCUUGGAACAAAACGGACUAUUAUUAACGAUUAGAAAAAGUUUCCUUCCUACACAGGUUUAGGGCAAUAGGUCUAUUUAUAAAUAUAAAGCAUAUACAUAAAUAUAUAUAUAUACCCAAAGAGAAAAAACCCAUAUACAUAUUCUAACUUGGAUAAAAUAUAUAAUAUCGUGUAAGUUGUUAUUAUUAAUUAUUAGUCUCUCGAUUACUUUACGACGGCGGACAUAGGGCAAGGCACAAAUUAGCAUACAUAUAUAAUUACGUAUAAAAGAAAUAUAUACAGAGAUAAAGUAAAGUAUAUAUACGUAUAUAUCAGUAUAAACUGAAGUACACACAUUCGUUAGAGAAAAAGGAUGAAGGCGCGCACUGUUUAAAAAAGAAAAAAAAAACAAUAAAAAAAAACAAGAGGCAUGCGAGUGCAUCAUCGCGGUAGAAACUCGUAAGGCUUAAAAAAAAAAAAAGGGGUUUUGAUACUAUACGAAGCACACAACUGAGAGAGCGAACUUUUCUUACGUCGAAACUUAACAAUAUUUUUUUAGACUCCGCUAUAAACGAAUCGACUAAAUUAACUUUGCGGCGAACGGAACUUCAAUCGGUUAACGCGUUCCUAUCGACGACUAUAUCCAGAGCCGAUUUCUCCCACCUCCCAUUUUGAUCAACCAUCUGAACCCAUAUGUGGACUAUAUCACGGAUCUACUAAGAUCCUCGUGACUUUAUCCUCCUAGAGAUCCUCAAAACUUCUUGAUAAAGAACUUCGAGAGAAACGUUUAAAGAUUCAGGGAACUCUUAAAUUCUAAUCCUAACAACAUAAAUGUCCGGAGGACAUCCAGAGGACAUCCAGAAGACAUCCUUGAAAUAUGGAAUCCAUCCUCAAGUAUGGAAGAUGUAAAACAUCCUCUGGAUAUCCUCAUCCAGAGGAUAUCCAGAGGAUGUUUUACAUGGUAUGGAGGAUGUAAAAUAUCCUCUGGAUGUCCUCUGGAUGCUUUCUGGACGUACGUGUCAGAGCAGAAUUUUCCAUCUUUGAAAAUCUUGGAGUCUUGAAAUUCUCUGGUUAAAUUUGAAAGACUCAGGACCGUGUCCUUAAAACCUGCGAUUUGCACAACAGGAAGUACAGGAAUGUUCAAUUUUUAAAACUUUGAAUUUAGUGAUGUUAUAAUUUUGAAAUUAUUCCUCGUAGGAUCUCAAAUCCUCGCAAUCCAGAUAUUUAUUAUAUUCAGGGCAUUAUUUUUUUAAAUUUUUCUUCGAAGCUUCAAUACGUUAAUCAUGACGCAAAUCGAUAUCGCGACCAUUCAACAUCCCAAUUAACGAGAAUACUUUAUCCAAAUGAUAUCUUUAAUAUAACAUUAAUAUUAUCUGCCAAUCGAGAUUCCAAAAAAGUACGUGUAAAAAUAAAAUACGCUUAAGCGCAAUCUGGCACGUCUGUUUCUCGCAAAGUUUCACUACAUUUCUGAGAUUUAAACGAAUGUAGACAAAAAAAAAUAAAAGAGAUACUGCCCGCCAAUCCCGGAAAAAACCGCAUUACAUAAAUGUCCCUUUCCGCAAAAAGAAAAGCAUAAUAAUAAUUAUUAUUAUUGUACUUCUUAAAGAAAAUCAAGUCGCGACUGUCUUAAUUUUUUGUAUAGAUAUUUUUUUCUUUUUUUCCAAUGUAUUUACUUCUCGAUCAUCGAACGUUUCGUUUACAUUCACGAAUGUUGAUGUGUCAUCAACGAGACUCUUCAGACUCCGAUCGGUCUCCUUUAUCAAACUCGUAUUCAAUACUUGUUGAAAAUCAGCGAUUCACGAAGCGAUCAUCCUAUAUAGGGAUGUGAGGGAUCCUCCCGAAAGAGAUUCCUUACUACGCUGCAUCUUUUGUGUAUCCUUUCGAUAUCGAGCCGGCUGGCGAACAGGCCGAGCUCAUGAGAAAGUAACACACAGGGUGUCGUGUUAAUAUUUUAGAUCUCGUUGUUCGAGGAUUAUAGAUAAGCGCGAUGUGUGCGAUUGAAAGAUUGUUCUCAUUAUAGUUAUAAUUAUAUAUAUAAUUACAUUUACGCACGUCACAUAUACAGAGUGCUUUAAAUUUGCUAGCGAGUCCGUCUUCAUCUACGAGUUCUCUGAUCAACUUUUUGAAGUUGUAAAUGAAACGGAACUUGGACGGAGUCUCAGACAUUCUGUAUUUGAUGGAACUAUAGCUGCGCAAUUAAUUAAUAAGAAGAAGAAAAAAAAAACAAUCUUUAAUUUAAAAUUCAACUUUGCAGAAACUUUUGCAUCCUUAAAAGUUUAUUAAUUUAGGAAUCUAAAAAGUUAUUUUAGAAUCUGUCUCAAAGUUCUUGCGUAAUUUGAAAUUUUCUUAAAAUUGCAAUUGAUUAGAAAUAUAGACUUUGAGUCCACGAAAUAUUAAGUAAUCAUCUGGAAUUGUGUAUUCUUAGAUCCUUUGGGCUCUCUCUGAAUUAGACAUAAACAUUAGAACUUGCGAGCUUUUUAAAUUUGGAAAAAUAAUCAGUUUCUAAAUCUCUUUAUGUAAUUUAAUUAGAUAGUUUCUUAAGUAUAAUAUAUAAUUAUAACUAUCCUCACACAGCAUAUACAUGUCAGUGUGAGAUGUAACAAUGUCGAUUGUUGAAGAACAGUCAGGCAUUUCUGUGAUUCCUAGACUUGAACGAUAUAUAAUGAUGACGCUGAGGUUCUCGCUUUUAACAAAGAUUCACGCGGACGAUAGCGCUUUGCGUUUUAAAAGCUCGUCAAAGAAAGAAAAGAAGAAGUGAAUCUCUUGUCAAAAAAAAAAUUAUUUUCCAUCACUAGCCAUUCGCGAGUUUGUGCCAAUCUUCCCGUGGGACUCGACUCUUUCUGAUAUUGAUUAGAAAGCAGUUGAUAUACAAUUACUAUUCAUACGAAAUAUUUAUACAUAAGAAAGUACUAACACUCUGCUCGAAAAUUUCGCAUUGAUUAUUUCGCUAUUUUAACGAAUUAAAUAUUACUAUUUUAUUUUUUUUUAAUCGCUUACAUAUAAUCUUUAAGAGCUCUUUAUUCAUAAAAUUAACUUAAAAUGUAUAAUUUUCUCUCGUGAAUUAUACAUAAAUGGCGGCAUAUAAAUGAUGGCACACAAAUCUCUGCGUUAGAGAAAAAUUUAAUAAAUAUUUCAAAAAAGGAAUCAGCAAUUAAUAUAAUUAGCGUCAACACGGAGAGCGCAUUAUCAUGAUUAAUAGUUUAAUAUGAAGGGAGAGAGACGCUAUCGUCCGCGUCGCUUUAAUUUAAAAGAACAAAUCCUACGCAACGAAUCUUGAAAGUAGUCAAUAUCUAAUCAAUUCUGAGAAUAGGAUCAAUUUAGGGGAUAAUUAAAUGGAAGAAGAAGGAAGAGCAGGGAAGCACACAUGACCCCAGUAAGUUUAUAAUAAACGGGAGAAUAUUUCGAAGAGGAACGGAGAACGAUAAGUAUCUUCCAUUAUUAGACUCGACAUCAACAGUGAUUAAGAGCGUCGCAACGAGUAAUUGCCAGUAAUUGUGGGAUGCGAAUUGUGCGUCAAGUAUGUACAUACGUCACGUGUAUUUAACUAUAAUAGCGGCGACAGAAACGUAGCGCAUAUUUUUAAAGGAGAGAAAAUAUACGAAUGCCAUGGCACUAAGCGAUUCAAAUUGCGAUCCUGCGUUAAAAAUAAGGCCCGGUCGAGAGAUACUCUUUGGAAACUACUAGUGUAAUUACGAAGCUGAUCGAUCACCAUUUAACGAACGGGACAGAACGCGCGUAUAUAACUAUUAUGAUGUCUAUGAACCAACGCGUUUUCAUGCCGAAAACAAAUAAAUUUGCAAGUCGGAAGGA